AUGACGGUCGCUGUCGUUCCGCUAGAAGUGGGAAGCCGAGAAACGGGCGAGCCACGGCCGGGAGUCGCGCAGCAGCAGUCGAGAGGCACGGAGCAGAGAAGCCAGAGCGGCGCGGCGAGGAUUCAGGCUGAUGGUGAUACGGAGAUGCCGCACCCGCAGGGAAUUGCUGAGAAAGCAGUAAAAUUGGAUGUGGUCGAAGCAACGGGUUCAAGGAAGGUGGCGGAGCCUUCGUCAGAAGCCACGGGUUCGGCUACUAUCGAGGGUUCGGGGCAAGUUGGCGGUGCUGCGCCGGUAGAUGCGGGCGCAAUUGCGGCGCAAGCGGGUGCGGCGCAAGCAGGGUCCCCAACAGAAGCUGGGCCGCGCAGGACUGGGCGUCAAGAGGCGGCGCUUGGGGCAAGCGGCGCAGGGGAGCCGGGAAAGAGGGCGGCGGAAGUAAACGAACCCCCCGCGGGGGUGAUCCCCGCGGGAGUGCCCAUCCCCCCCUCGGGAGUAACGUACGCUGGCGCGGUGCCAGGCGCAGCAGGCGGAGCAGCUGGCGGAGCUUCCGCCAGUGUACCCGCGGAUGCGGUCGCCCCCGCGGGGGGCGCAGUCCAUGCGCCUGGCGCUGGUUUUCCGCCCAUGGGAGGAGGGCAGAUAGUAGGCGGCGCAAUGGGAGGAGCGCAGCUGGGGGAAGUGGUUGAUCUGGGGGGAAUUGGCGGAGGGAUUGGGGGGAUGGGCGGAGGGAUGGGCGGAGGGAUGCGCGGGGGAAUGGCAGGCGGAAUGGCGGGCGGAAUGGGUGGUCAACCACCGGAAUGGCCUCGUCGGAGACAGACGGGCACAGAUAAGAGCCGGUACAACUAUGCCUCCGCGAAUCACGGCGCCAAGAUAGUGGACUGUAGCAGCGAGGCGAAACGACCCCAGGCCGUUUUAGACGAGGAUAAGGACAAGUACUUACGCAUCCCGUGCAGUGUGGCGAACAAGUUCCUCGUUAUAGAACUUUCUGAGUUCCUAGCGCGGAUAGAAACUAUCGUACUCGCGAACUACGAGUUUUACGCCUCUUCCACAAAAGACUUCGAAGUCUGGGCCAGUAGAAAUUACCCCUCGGACCGCUGGCACUUUCUGGGAAACUUCUCAGCACAGAGCGUGCGGACGCCCCAGGCGUUCGAGGUGACAGGCAGCGGAGAUCUAGGGGAUUCAGUGCGGUACGUAAUGGUGCGGCAGCUGUCGCACCACGGGGCGGAAUUCUUCUGCACGCUGAGUCUGGUGCGAGUGCACGGGGUGAACGAGCUAGAUGGGCUCAGAGAGGAGAUGGAGGCAAUGACGAGGAUGAUGGGGGCGGGUAGACAGGCUGUGCCUGCUGCUCCUCCGGGCAGGCAGGGUGUUGCUGCUGCUGCUGCUGCGCCAACGCUUCCGGUGGUUUCGCAGGCGGCUAUCGCUCCAGUGGUUACCACUCCUCAAGCGGUUACCUUUCCUCCAGUGGUUACCACUCCUGAAAUGGUUACCACUCCACAAGUGGUUACCAUUCCCCAAGUGGUGACGGUGGGGUCUGUGGGCUUAGAUGGUUCAGUGGGUUCAGAGGGUUCCAGAGCGGUGCCAGCCCAGGCAGAGGGGUCUGAUCCACCGUCCACUGUUGGACCUUCUGAGCAAUCGCCGCCACUCUCUGUGCCCGCCGCUGCUGUUGGUGCCGCUGCAGAAGCAGCAAGGGCUGCUGCUCCCACAAGCUCUGCCUUUUUCCAUGAGUCUUCCCAACCUGUCCAGACUCCCAAUCCUCUUCCUGCCUUUCCGCCUCCUCCUCCUGCUGCGGCUGCUGCUACUCCCAAAGAUGCUGCCGCAUCUGCAGCUUCUCCUGCUGCGGCUGCUGCUACUCCCAAAGAUGCUGCCGCGUCUGCAGCUUCUCCUGCUGCGGCUGCUGCAGAUGCGCCUGUUGCCACUUCCAGUGAGUCAGCAGUCGCUCCAAGCGACACAGGGGCGAGUGAGGAAGCUGGGAGCACAGGGGGUAGCACGGCCAACAAUGGGAGUUCCACAGGUGCACGUGGCGCCAUCGCACAACCACCAGUUCCUGGCUCUGUCCCUCUGGGAAACUCGCCUGCUGCGGAAACUGCCACUAGGAAGGCCGACGAGCUGUCUGGUGGGAGCAGUAGAGUGGGCGUAGAAGGAGGAGAAGAGGCAGGUGAGGUGUAUGGGGGGGUGGAAGAGCGAGGUGUGUUGAUCCAGCGCGGUACUGAGAGGGAGGGGGGAGGGAGCAGCGAGGGUAGCAGGGAGGGCAGCAGUGAAGUGGUGCCUCAGGAAGGAGUGGAUUCAGUAAGGAGUAUUGGUGGCAGUGGCGGUAGCAACAACAUCAGUGGUAGAGGCAACGUCACGAGUGGCAGUAGCAGCACAGGGGACAGUGGUAGCAGCAACGCCACCACAGGGAGCAACGGAGGCUCGAUUCAGAGCGGGGGGGAAGUGGAGGGGAGGGAAGCGGAGAAGCUGAUGAUAAGUACAAGGGCAAAGGGGACAGAUUACAACGGGAGUGUUGAGGGGAAAUCUGGUGCGGUUGCGGCAGGUGAAGCGGCUGGGGAGGAGGGGAGGGCGGGGGGAAGGCAUGGGGUGGGCAGGUUGGGAGAGGGAGAGAGUGAGAAGCUGGCUGGGAAGGGAGAAGGUGCAGGAUGUGCGUCAGUGGAUGGAGCAGCAGGGCACAGAGGAUCAGCAGCGGGUGCAGAUCCUGCUUCUGGGUGUGAUACUGGGGGAGGUGUGGAGAUGGGUGCGGCUAUGGUAAGAGACGGUUCCAAUGAAGAAAAGGCACAUUUUGAUACAGGCUUGGGGGCAGGAGCUGAGGCAAGCGUUGAAGCAGGCGCUGUGGCAGGCGCUGUGGCAGGUGGUGAGGGAGGUGGUGGGGGAGGAACAGGGGAGGUGAAGCGUGAAGGCGGAUUUUCAGCACCAGUGAGCGGAGAAGGUAGUGAGAAGCUCUCUUCUUUGAAGGAGGAGGCGACAGGAGCUUCAGGAGGGCGAGAAGGAAAGGGAGGGAGUGGGUUGGAAGGAGGAAGGGAAGUUUUGACGCGCCUCAAAACUCACCUCGAAGCAACAGGAGAUUCAGGAGGGUUAGAAGCGAAGGGAGGGAGUGGGGUGGAAGGAGGAAGGGAAGGCAACAGGGCGGAGGAGGAGCAGAGUGAUUCUGGUGGUGAUGGGAGUGAGCCGGCUAGGCGAGAGUUUGGGGGAAUGAGAGAAGCUGAGGGGGGAGAUUCGAGGUUGUUGGGUAAGGGAUUAGGUUCGGAUGAGCUUAGACACGUGGCAGGGGAGAAGCAGAAGAAUGGAGGGGAUGUGGGAAGGGGAGUGAGGGAGGAAGUGGACGAGGUUAUGGAGACCCGGGUGGGGAGAGGCGAGUUGGAAGCAGCCGUUGGGGAUGGCAGAGGCUCGUCUCUGACUGGUUUAGUUAAAGGAGAAGAGAAGGCAGAGGCAGAAGCAGAGGCAGAGGCAGAGACAGGGGCAGUGGCAGGGGCACAGGCAGGGGCAGGGGCAGGGGCAGAUGCAGUGGGAGGGGCCAAGGCGGAGGCAGCAGCAGAGGCAGAUCCCAGCAUUGCUUCUGGUGGAGGGAUCUCUGUUUCUGCUUCCAAAGAGCCGCAAGGUCGAGCAGGCGAUGGUGACACGGUAGGCAGCGAGGCAGGUACUGGAUCCGGGGCAUCUAGUCGGGUAGGUGUCCCCCCCACUGCUUCCUCUUUGCCAUCCGCUCCCACGCCCUCACACGAGGGCUCUGCCCCUGGGGCUGGUUCAUCUGGAGGGGCAGGUGCGCUGGGAGAGGGAGGUUCUUCAUAUGAUAUGGAAGGUUCGGGAGAAGAGACAGGUGCAAAUGGGAAGACAGGAGCAUGUGAAAAAGGGGCAAGAGAAGCAAAGAUGGAUGGGGAGAGUGGAGGGGAGGGAGAGAGAGUGAACAGGAAUGCGGUGGAGGGUGGAGGGAGGAGCAGUCUGGGAGCUGCUCCUUCAGGUGGAUUGUCAGGUGGCUUAUCCGACAAGGAAGGGAACGUUCAGGUGAAAACAGCAGGGGCAGGCGUGGAGCAGGCGUCACCGUCAGCAGCAGCAGAUGGCCGGCAGACAGCCGGCAGUGCAGUAGGCAAUAACGGAGCCCUCAUUAGUGGAGCUCAGGUGGUCACCAGUACCACCCCCUUCAGCAUCAGCAGCAGCGGCAGCAGCUUUGCCGGUGCUGCCAGCAACCUGUAUGGGCUCAAGUCGCUGAUGCACAUGGUGAGGCAGUGGGAGGACAAGCAGGCGGUGCUGGAGCAGUAUAUUGAAGACAUGGCUGCAUCGUACGCAGCUAACCUUGCUUCUACGGAUGCUGAGCUGCUCUCGUUGAGGACUCGCCUGCGGAAUGCUACUGGUACCAUUGCAGGGCUGCAGGCGCAGCUGCAGAAUGCGGACAAGCCCGCGGUGCUGGAGCAGUAUGUGGACGACAUGGCUGCCUCCUAUGCGGCUAACCUUGCUUCUACGGAUGCUGAGUUGCUCUCGCUGCGCACACGUCUGCGAAAUACCACGGUUACCAUUGCAGGGCUGCAGGCACAGCUGCAGAACUCGUGGGAGGGCAAGCAGGCGGUGCUGGAGCAGUAUGUGGAGGGCAUGGCUGCCUCCUAUGCUGCUAACCUCGCCUCCACGGAUGCCGAACUGUGUAUGAAGCAGCCAAUAGCGGUGGAGGAUGUGGAGCGGGAGGUGAAGAUCCUGCAGCUGUUGUCGGGCCAUCCCAACGUGGUUCAGUUUAUCGACGUCUUUGAAGACACGGAACUCGUGUACAUUGCCAUGGAGUUGUGUGAAGGAGGAGAGCUGCUUGACAGGAUUCUGGGCAAGAAGGACAACCGGUACUCGGAGAAGGACGCGGCUAGCGUGGUGAGGCAGAUGCUCAACGUGGUGGCGCGCUGUCACCUGAACGGCGUCGUGCACCGCGACCUCAAGCCCGAGAACUUUCUGUUCGCCAACAAGACGGAGGAAUCGCCUCUCAAGGCCACCGACUUUGGCCUCUCGGACUUCAGAAAGCCAGGCAAGCACUUCACGGACGUGGUGGGCAGCGCCUAUUACGUGGCUCCUGAGGUGCUCAAGAGGCGGUCGGGGCCGGAGAGUGACGUGUGGAGCAUCGGGGUCAUCACGUAUAUCUUGCUGUCAGGCAGACGACCGUUCUGGGAUAAAACAGAGGCCGGCAUUUUCAACGAGGUGCUGAAGAAGAAACCCGACUUCAGGGAGAAGCCGUGGCCGCAGAUCUCAUCCAGCGCCAAGGACUUUGUCAAGAAGCUGCUCAAGAAGGACCCGCGCGCCCGCCCCACCGCUGCACAAGCCCUGUCGCACCCGUGGGUGAAGGAGGGAGGCAACGCGUCGUCCAUCCCGCUAGACAUAGCAGUGCUGUCCAACAUGAGGGAGUUUGUCAAGUACUCACGCCUCAAGCAGAUGGCGCUCAAGGCGCUAGCGACGACUCUGGAGAGCACGGAGGUGCAGCAGCUGAGGGACCAGUUCAACGCAAUGGACAUCAAUGGGGACGGCACCAUCACCAUCGAUGAAAUCCGACAUGCGCUCAACAAGGACCUGCCGUACGAAGUGAAGGAGACCAAAGUGGUGCAGAUCUUGCAAGCGAUGGACACCAACUGUGACGGCAUUAUUGAUUUUGACGAGUUCGUGGCGGCCACGCUGCACGUGCAGCAGCUGGAGGAGGCUGAUUCAGCCAAGUGGGAGGAGCGCUCCAAGGCAGCAUUCAACCACUUCGACACGGAUGGAGAUGGCUUCAUCGACGCGGAGGAGCUGAGAGUGGCGGCGCAAUUCGCGCGGAUGGAGGAGGACUGGGAGGAGGAGGCUGUUGACGCGUCGCAGGGAGACGCGUCGCAAGCGGAGGACGACAGGACGUACAUUGGCAGUGUGCUCUUUAACAUCAAGGGUCUGCAGCACUACCCGGGGACCGUGAACCCGCGAGAG